AUGUCCACCUCGUCCACAUGUCCCAGCUGCAAUACGCCCAACCACGCCUCUCACAUUCCCAACCCCCAUGCGACGAAGUAUCAUCCUGGCGAUAUAUGUGCUAUCCAUGAACAUGUUUCAACGGCGGUCUAUCAUUUCUUUGAAGCUAGCAAUAAGGUCCCUGGCAGUCGCGCAUUCUCAUCGACGAUAACCUGGGGAUCGUUCAGCUCCUUGGGGAAAUGGUCCAAAAAAGAGCCAGUGGACGCCAGGCCGGGCAUAAUCCUGGACGAAACGGACAUCCCCCCGCCGCCGACCGGUGUGCGGGUAUGCCUAUCGGCGACGCUUGACGGCGAGACCCGCGACAACGUCCUCCCGAAAAUUCUUCAGCUCAUAUGCGUUCCCCUAUCACCUCACGCUCUCGCACGCCAAGGGAGGAUGCACUAUCACACCAUCCCCGAAUGGCCCAUAGAGGGCGCCUGGCUCAUUGCGAGUCCAUUCGUCUCGCACGGGCGUGUCGACGGCAGGUGGGAGGACAGACGUCCGCAGGGAUCCCCCGAAGGAUCUUUCAAACUCAGUCCCCAGGACACUGCCUCUCUCAUCCGGCUUUGCAAUCGAAAGCUAUCGCAAUGGGAGGCUGCCUGUUUGGCUGAUGAGAACCUCGCCGAUAAAUCCUGGAAAGCGUAUAAGGAAUCGUUGCAAAAUUCCAUCCAGGGGCGAGAGCGCCGUUCUCAGGACGCCGCACCACGGGCUGACGCAGGGCCCUCUCGAAGCCCCCACGAGAAUUUCUAUCCUGCCCGAGCUGAGCCAGCGAAGCAGCUUGUAACGUUCAAAUGGCUGACCAAGAAACACGGCAAAAAGGGAUUGAAGGGUGCUAAACGCGCUGCAACUGCUGCGUCAGUAGCACCCCAAGUCUCGGUGGCACAGGCUACUUUGGAGACGGCAGAUGCUACGAGAGCGCCUUCGCCUGCGGCCAGUACGCAGUCCAAGCCGAAGCACAGCCCGCGCAACGCAUUGCGCAAGCUCUUCUUGGUUUCGAAGUCCACGCUGAACCUCCCGGGGUGA